ACGCCGUUAUGACGCGCGCCACACGCGACCUCCGCCACUCCAUCACCAUCACCAUCACCAUCACCACCGCCAUGACGCCUGGACAGACGGCCAGCUAACCUCUGUGGCUGAUGUAUCAUGCACGACGCAGCGCCGGCCUCAUACGAUCCACCAUCUACCCCACCUGGAGUAGAUGCAUCCGACCGCCAUGACGACGAGGAGCCUCACGAACCGCCAAUACACCUAUUACUUGACGAAUCUCCACAUCACGACGAGCCACCGCCCUCCUACGACGAUGCCAUUGCGACGAGUGGUGCGCCGCCAGACUAUGGCACCUUUAGCCACUUCCUUGAAGAGUCGUCCAUAGCCAGCAGUGACAUGGAACCCACAGAUCGCGCAUUACCUGAAUGGCUGGGACAACUGCUAGUCGUCUUUAUCUUCCUAGGUCUCGUAUAUGGGUUCUGGCGAUUUGUCCAUAGUGACGACAUACCUGAUGGGGGAUGGCCUAGUUUCGGACCACCAUCUACUUGAGCCAGGACAGAGUGCAAGAAAUCACAAGAUGCGGCAUGUCUGUCUUUGGAGGCGCAUCUUAGAGCUAUUGAAACCUCUGAGCUGGUACAGGACGAUGAGCCACGUAUAGAGAGACCGACUGGCAGCAUCUUUACAGUCGUACGACCCGAAUAUGAGAGGCAGAGCAUGAACGUGAGCAACUAGAGGGCCUUCAGUUUUGGAAAACUACCAUUUCCGCAGCUCGUACGGACCAAGGCUAGAUUUCAGCUAUGGGAAAUUCAGUUCUAGGCAACUCGAGAUUCAAAGACGAAAGUGGGAAGUGGUAGAAAGAAGAAAGCGGUGAGUGGUAUCAGCAUCGAGCUGAGAUAUUCAGCCGAACGUCAGCACUUGGAUCAUGCAAGGCACGAAGAGAUAGCCUUUCGUCGCUGCUGGGCCAUCGGGUCAGCAUCAUCAUCAACCUAAUCUGCGUUCCAUCUCAUAGCACAUUAAUAAUGCUCUUUUUCAUC